AUGGCCACACCAUCCUCAUCGGUUGUGGAUUCACAAACACUCUCACCCCAAAAUGAAGACAAACGACCUCAGCCAUCGGUGAGCGAAAACAUCGAGUCUGUCAAUAUCGACGGUGUACGGCACCAGCAUGUCGCCUUCUCACAAGAUGACCCCGAGAAUCCCAAGAACUGGUCCAAGGGCCGCAAGUGGUACUGCACCAUGGUCAUCGCCCUCACCUGCUUUGUCGUGGCCUUUAGCUCUGCUGUCAUCACAGCCGAUGUCAAAGGUGUCGUUGAAGAGUUUGCUGUCAGCGAAGAGGUAGCCCUUGUCAGUAUCAGCAUUUUCGUCGUUGGCUUCGGUAUCGGUCCCAUGGUAUUCUCACCCCUUUCCGAAAUUUUCGGAAGGAGAAUCAUUUACGGCUCUACUCUAUUGAUCGCUACCAUUCUUGUCAUCCCUUGCGCCGUGGCAAAGAACAUCGAGACAUUACUUGUUUGCCGAGCACUCGAUGGCAUCGCCUUUUCCGCUCCAAUGACCCUCGUUGGCGGCACUUUGGCCGACAUGUGGAAAAAUGAAGAGAGGGGUGUCCCCAUGGCCGCUUUUUCUGCUGCUCCUUUCCUCGGCCCAGCUAUCGGUCCCUUGAUUGGAGGUUAUCUGUCGGAUGCAAAGGGCUGGCGCUGGCUAUAUUGGAUUCAGCUCAUCUUUGCCGGAGUGGCCUGGUUUCUGGUCACCUUUACUGUCCCCGAGACAUAUGCUCCUACAAUUCUGUCUCGCCGAGCACGCAAGCUACGAGAGUCCACUGGCAUUGAUUCGCACGUUAGCGAACAAGAUCUCGAUACACGGACCCUCGGGGAGAGAUUGCGCGUGUUCCUUAUUCGACCUUUCCAACUCCUUUUUGGCGAGCUUAUCGUCUUUCUCAUCUCGAUCUACAUGAGUAUUCUAUACGGACUUCUCUAUAUGUUCUUUGUGGCCUAUCCUAUCGUGUUCCAGAAAGGUAAAGGAUACUCGGCAGGAACCACUGGGCUCAUGUUUCUCCCAGUUGCCGUCGGUGUUCUGCUUUCUUCUUGUCUGUCUCCCUCUGUCAACAAGCAUUAUCUUCACCUAGUCAAGAAACAUAACGGAAAGCCGCCAGCCGAGGCACGACUUAUUCCUAUGAUGCUCUCAUGUUGGCUGAUCCCCAUCGGCCUUUUCAUCUUUGCCUGGACAUCGUACGCCAAUCUCUCUUGGGCUGGGCCAGCCAUGGGUGGUCUACCUGUUGGAUUUGGAUUCAUCUUUCUUUAUAACUCGGCCAACAACUACCUGGUUGAUUCAUAUCAACAUCAAGCAGCUUCGGCUCUUGCCGCUAAAACGUUUAUCCGAAGUUUUUGGGGUGCUGCCGUCGUUUUAUUUACCGAGCAGAUGUAUGAACGACUGGGCGAUCAGUGGGCAUCGAGUCUACUAGCUUUUCUCAGUCUUGCCUGCUGCGCAAUUCCUUUCUUGUUCUGGAAAUACGGUGCCAGGAUUAGAUCACGAAGCAAGUAUGCUUAUGCGGGAGAGGAUGAAGAAUCUAGUUCUACUGAUGUAGAGACUGGCAACACUAGCGUGAAUGAGAAGGUCUAG